AAACAAAUUUUAUCAUGUCAAAUUUCUAAAAGUUUUAUAUCAAAUUCUUAGGACAUGCGCAUUAGCUAUUUCAAUACUUCGAAAUUGAAGACUUCCGGUUUCAUUUCGGCGAGGGUUAAACAAAAAGAUGAGAAAAACAGGAAGACGUUAGCUGUACAAUUCUAAAUGAGUGCCAUCAUGAUAGCGUCGCCGUUGAGUCCGCACAAUGCCACAACACAGCUGACAACAUUCAAAAGCUAUGUUGCGCUUAUUGCAGACCCGACGCCAGGCAUCGCUGAGAAGAAGCUUAAAGCAGCCCAGGAGCUCAGUGAAAAUUUUGAGACUGUUGUGUCAUCACCACAGUACCCGCAGUUCCUGGCCGAUGCUGUCCGAGUGUUUAUGAAGAUUUUAGAGGAUGGGGAACCGCAGUUUAUUGCUGACCAGAAUCUACAGCAACUACGUAAGCUGCUGUUGGAAAUCAUUCACCGUAUCCCUAGUAACGAACAUCUAAAGAAAUAUGUACAGCAAAUUCUGUCCUUGAUGUUUAAACUGAUCAAGGUGGAGAAUGAGGAGAAUGUACUGGUAUGUCUGAAGAUAAUCAUAGAGCUACAUAAACAAUACAGACCUCAGAUGAACGAGGAGAUUCAAGAUUUUCUGAAGUUUGUGAACCAGAUUUAUACCAAUUUGCCGUCACACCUGAACAAAAUCUUUGAGCCUCGUUCCCAGAUCAAGGUGAAGGAUGUUGCGGAGAUCAACGUAGACGCGUUACUACAAGAGACAUACACUGUUACAACAAUCAUGACUGACAAGAAAAAUGCAGAUAAUCAAAGCGUUUCA